CUCUAGUGAAACAGCUACCAGACACAGCUCUUCUGUGCGGUUGUUUAUUUCGACCAAAAAUGACCAACCCAACGGACAUUUCUUGCCCUCCUCUGCCAAAAAGUGGCCAGAGCCAACACACCCAGGAGAGCGGCGACGCUGGCCUCUCCUCCAACAUGAAGCACAUGUUCAGUGAUCAUUACGACGAACAUGCUUUGCCUGUGGCAGAUGAAGGCAUCUUUGGAAAACCCACUCCUAAUGAAGAAGUUGACAUUGUUACGGCGAUGAAAGCAAAGAUCUGGUCACACCCUAAUGAUUCUGGUCCAAAGGCAGAGGGACACCCUCUGUCUGGUGAGGGAGUGUUCCCAAAGCUAUCUACUUUAAAGAACAGCCCACAACAGGAAACAGUUUCACCCGGAACAACAGCCAUUACAGAGGGGAACCAAGAUACAGAGGUAGCAGGAGAACAAAGCUGCAAGAUGGACACCCGGAAAACCCCCAAACCAAAAGGUCCACCACUGGUUCCUGGAAAAGGGAGAAACCACCGCAGAAAAAGGGCUGCUGUGAAGUACUGGAAAAUUCACUUUCUAUGUUGGUGGUCAUUCGUAUAUGUUCCUGUCUCCAACGGCUUUUCUGGUGCUCAACUUGCAGCAGACCACAAGGUUAAGUGCUUUACCUGCAUGAACGAGGACAGAUGCCUCGGCAAGUUGAUGACCAUAUAUGACAGUAAUCACGACCAUGUUCUGUACAAAAGAGACCUCAGUCAAACGUUUCCAGGAUGCUCUGUAAUCUCUCCAACUCGUCCUAAGAGCUGUGAUGUGUGCAUUCACCAAUUCAAAAUCAUCAUCCUCUGCGCAGAGGAUGUUGGAAAAUUAGACUUUGAUGAUAGCGAUGGACAACAGAUUCUCAACAUCUCUUCAGUCUGUGAUCUGAAUCAGACUCUUGACCAUACAUCUGAUGGAUUGAUUGUUAGCGGUGGUGAUCAGACUCCUGCUCAUGCACGCUAUGGAUUGAUUGUUAGCGGUGCCCUGUUUUUCUCCGUGGUGGCAAUGCUGGUGGUCUACAGUCUCUGGCAGAAAAAGAGGACUGAAAGUGGUCAACAGUGAAGAACACUGAAGAAGACAGGAGUGUGUCGGGACAUUCUCUCACCGAGCCAAAUUAUUGGCUUCUAAAAACAUAGCUUUAGCUGCCAUAGGCUUUAGAAAAUAGUUGUGUAGUGCUGCAACUCAUCAUUGUUUUUAUUAUGAUUCAUUUUCUGAUCAUUUUCUUGAUUAAUCAAUUUCAAAAUGAUGUAAUCAAAUUGUUUGUAUGACAUGCUUAUUUGACAAAUCAGCUUUCAGCUCUACUUGAUAACUAAUAAUGAUGUUUUAAAUUAGUCAGCUUUCUACAAAAAUGGCCAAAUGCAUAUGUGUAACUGCUGUCUUCAUUAAAAAAUUGCUUUAAACAAAAUGGUUUUAUCAUUAUUAACAAAGCCACUGAACCAGGCAAUAUAAUGUUUUUAGUGAAUAAUCAAUGCUAGAAGAAGAAGUACUAAGGCCUGUAACUUGAGUAAAAGUAGCUAAACUUUUCAUGGAUUCACGUUUUCUGAACUUCACCAGAUAUGCCUAAAAUACCAAAUGUAAAAGUAUAGGCUACUCAAGAAUGGCCUAUUUCUGAAUAGUAUGUGAUCAUUAUCAUUGAUGCAUUAAUGUGUAAGCAUCAUUUUAAUGUUGCAGCUGCAAAGAGUUACUAUAUUAACCGCUGGAUUCUAUCUAUAAUAACAUUUUGAUCAUUUUUUGUAAGCCUAUUAAUAGUCUGCAAAGUGACAAACAUUUGAAUAGUAGGCUAAGUAAAGUACAAUUAGUCUAUACCUCAAAGUUGUUGUAGGAGUAGUUAUUUUAUAAUAUAGGCCUACUGUAAA